AUCGAGAGAGUGAGUGAUUUUUUUUCUAUUCACUUUUGGGAUCAACUGACGAUGUCUGGAAAUCACUCUGUGAGUGUGGCUUCUGGACAGAUAAGUUGCCAUCGCAUUGCUGUAUUGGACGUUGAACAGCAUGGACAUGGAGGAUUUCUUCGUGACGGGCUUCCAUCAGUUCUACACGGAAUUUCAGGAUGUUCCCCCAUCGGAGGAUGAGGAUUUGGGCAUGUGGGAUGAUCCACUCUUCACUCCCAUUUCCUACUCACCUCCGCAAACAACCCUACCUGCCCAGGUGCCCGAAGAGACGACGACCUACCUCACUCUGGAGUCCACCGUUCAGACUCAUCAGGAUAUCUUCAGCUCCUGGGGUAGUGGUGACACCUGUCGCUUUGAUUGGGAAUUGAAUCUGGAGCAACUUCUCAUGGAGGACUCCUCACCACUGGAAACACUGCCCGAGAAGACUCCCCUCUGUUCUGAUUCGUGCAAUCUCUUCCUCAAAGAAAGUUCAGAAAAUCUCAAACUGGCCACUGCAACACGGCAGGAAGUGAAGCUCUUCCCAUGCACUUUUGCCACCUGCGGAAAAUCCUACGCAAAAGCAGCUCACCUGAAAGCCCAUCUACGGCGGCACAUGGGCGACAAACCCUACGCCUGUGUCUGGCCCAACUGUUCUUGGCGCUUCUCACGCUCAGAUGAGCUUGCGCGCCACAAGAGGAGCCAUUCAGGUGUGAAACCCUACCACUGUGACUACUGCACCAAAUCCUUCGCACGAAGUGAUCACCUGGCCAAGCACAGGCGUGUGCACGAACGGAAGAUCCUCUCUGGGAAGGUGAAAGGAGUCUGGAGGGCACUACCACCUGCUAAACCCGGUAGGAAGCCCAAAAAACAACCCCCGGAAAAUAUCUUCCUGUGAUCCUGUGACCCUCGGCGUGUCAGUGAUUUUUUAAGUUUUAAUUUUAAUUUUUGAAAGUGAAAUAAAAUCAAUAAAAUUGAUCGGAUAAUUUGUGUUUUAUGCAGGAGUUUUGAGGACUAUGUAGACAGGGAAUGAUUCUUGAUUGUUAGAAAGAAGCACAACAGCUUUCUUUUGAAAUAUUUAUCCCUGUGGGUGAGAUGGGUGAGAUAUGAACCA